AUGGGGGCGUCGGGCAAGUGGAUCCGGACGCUGGUGGGGCUCCGGCCGGCGGCGGAGAGGGAGAGGCCCGGCGGCGCCGGCAAGGGGCGGAAGUGGAGCCGGCUGUGGCGGAGCUCGUCGUCGCAGCGGGGGAGCAGCGCGGCGCCGUCGGAGGCGCCGUCCGAGGCGUCCUCCGCCGCCGACGCGCUCACCAGCUCCGUCGUCGCGGCCGUCGUGCGCGCGCCGCCCAGGGACUUCCGCGUCAUCAGGCAGGAGUGGGCCGCCGUACGCAUCCAGUCCGCCUUCCGCGCCUUCCUGGCACGGAGGGCGUUGAGGGCGCUGCGGGGGAUCGUGCGGCUGCAGGCGCUGGUGCGCGGCCGCCGCGUGCGCAAGCAGCUCGCCGUCACGCUCAAGUGCAUGAACGCACUCGUCCGGGUGCAGGAGCGCGCCCGGGACCGCCGUGCCAGGAUCUCGGCGGACGGCCGUGACUCGCAGGACAUCCUCGACGACCGGACCGGCCGCGCCGAUCCCGUCAAGGAAGCCGAGGCUGGAUGGUGUAAUAGUCAAGGCACUGUGGAUGACUUAAAAUCAAAGCUACAUAUGAGGCAUGAGGGUGCAGUAAAGAGAGAAAGGGCAAUUGCUUAUGCUCUCUCUCACCAGCGGAGUUCAAGCCACAGUGAUAGGCCUAGCUCUCCAGCUGUAUCUCUCAGAAAUCAUGGAAGUAACAGGACCAAUCAAAAUUGGAGCUAUUUUGAUGGGUGGACGACAGCAAAACCGUGGGAGAGCCGCCUUAUGGAGCAAACCCAUACUGAACACUCCACCAAUUCUCGGUGUUCAGAGAGCAAUGAGGAGAUGAAUGCAGUCAGUUCAAAACUUUUAGAUGUAAGCUCAGUCAAGAUCAGAAGAAACAAUAUGACGACCAGGGUGGCAGCUAGACCUCCUUCCACAAUAUCUGCUUCUUCAUCAGAUUUUGUUUGUGAUGCAAGCUCUCCAUCGACUUCCUCAGUCACCCCAGUGUCUGGCACUAAUUUCAUGACAUCAGAGAGAAGAUCUGAUUGUGGACACGGAGGUGGACCAAACUACAUGAACUGGACUAAAUCGGCCAAAGCAAAGUUGAAUGGUUCUGGCACCCAUAAGCCACCGCUUCAAAGGCAACGUUCUUCUGAUCUGCAUUGUAACAGCAGGACAGCAUUAUCUUCCGUAGAUGUUCAAAGCACAGCUGGCUCCGAAGUUUCAGUUACUUCAAAGAGGUUGAACAGUUUGACCUUGAAAGGUCGAGGCACUAGAAGUUUGGACAAGGAGAAUGAUGGCCAGCCUAUUGCCUUGUUUUAGAACUUAGGGUGUGUUCGUUUCCCCUCAGAGGGCUCUAAAAAAUAUUAGAGUGCUCGCUCUCUCUAAAGAAUCGCGGUCUCUAAACGAAGGACACUCGCGCGAUUAGAGGCCGGACACUCGCGCGAUUAGAGGCCGGUUCAGUGCCGGGCCUCUAAACUUUAGAUGUUUCAGGCUUUAGACCCCGGAAACGAAUGGACCCUUAGUACUUUUAUUUUCCAUAAUGCUAUAUUUUAGGCAUAUUGAUGUUGACUUGUAUGUAUGCUCUGAUUUCAAUGCCUCGUUGCUCGUUUUGGCACCAUCUGCAUUUCUGAUGUACAAAAGGCUGAACUGCCUCUACCUGCUACUUCGGGGGUUCUAAACCACUGUUUUGGAGUCAUGCAGGAUGGUGAUAACUAGUUAACGUACUUUUGUGCUGGAUCAGCAGCAAUGAAUUGACAAUUUCA